UUAUUCACGUACUUUAUUUUAGCUCUGAGUUUCUGAGCUUGUAAAACUGAGCAGACUGACGAACUCAUCAUCGUUCUCAUCCUUGUUUUCAUUUUCUUUCCUCUUUUCUAGGGUUUCACCAAAAUCUUCCCCAAUUCAACCUAACCAAACAAUUCCCAUCAUGGCCGAGGUCAUAAACAUGCCUGUCGAUUCUCUGGAUCGCCGCAGCCGUGAACGCAAGGAGAAGUCCUCCGCCGACGACCCUCAAUCGUCCUCUCCGCCACAACCACCUCCUCCCCCUACGCAGAACACCUCUCGACGGCGCGACAGAGACUCCCGAGAUAGGGACCUCGAUAGGCCGCCGAAUCGACGGGGCGGUGAUUAUUACGAUAGGAAUCGGUCUCCCCCACCUAGAGAGAGGGAGAGAGAUUGCAAGAGGAGGAACAGUUUGAGUCCUCCUCCCUUGCCAUACAGGGACAGGAGGCAUUCCCCACCACCGAGGAGAUCACCACCGUAUAAGAGGUCGAGGAGGGAAGAUGGAGGGUAUGAAGGGAGGAGAGGGAGCCCUAGAGGUGGAUUUGGACCCGGCGAUCGAAGGUUUGGAUAUGAUUAUGCUGGUGGAUAUGAACGUGAGAUGGGGGGCAGGCCUGGGUAUCCUGAAGACAGGCCUCAUGGCCGGUACAUGUGUCGUGCAGGUGGAUUUCAAAGCAGUCCCUCUGAUUGGGAUUCUGGACGUGGUGGUUGUGUCGAUGCUUCCAACACAGUGAGCGCUCAAAGAGAAGGCUUGAUGUCAUACAAGCAGUUCAUUCAGGAGCUUGAAGAUGAUAUUGUACCAGCUGAAGCAGAGCGCAGAUAUCAAGAAUACAAGUCAGAGUACAUUUCUACUCAGAAACGAGUUUUCUUUGAGUCUCAUAAAGAUGAAGAAUGGUUGAGAGACAAAUAUCAUCCAACCAAUUUGGUUGCAGUUAUAGAAAGGAGGAAUGAACUGGCACGGAAGGUUGCAAAGGACUUUCUGCUUGACUUGCAAAGUGGAACAUUGGACUUAGGUCCUGGUAUCAAUGUCGUAUCUGUAAAUAAAUCUGGAAAGAUAAGCAAUCCAAAUUCUGAUGAUGAAGUAGACACUGGCGGCAAAAGAAGACGGCAGGGCCGUACGCAAGCUAAAGAAACUGUUCUUCUCUCAGUUGCUCCUAAGGCUCACCCAGUCAGCUCAGAAUCCAGAAGAAUUCAAGUUGAUGUUGAACAAGCUCUGGCCCUUGUACGCAAGCUUGACUCUGAAAAGGGAAUUGAAGAAAAUAUUUUAGGUGGAUCUGAUAAUGACAAAAUCAAUGGAGAGAAAUCUCAUAGCAGCUCCACUGGCCCUGUUAUCAUCAUACGAGGCUUAACCUCUGUCAAAGGUCUGGAGGGCUCUGAACUGUUGGAUACACUUAUUACUUAUCUUUGGCGUGUUCAUGGAUUGGAUUAUUAUGGAAUGAUUGAAACAACUGAAGCUAAGGGUCUUAGGCAUGUGAGAGCAGAGGGGAAAAGUGCUGAUGUGACUAAUAAUGGGAGUGAGUGGGAAAAGAAACUGGAUUCACACUGGCAAGAAAGAUUGAGGAGUCAAGAUCCUUUGGAAGUAAUGACUGCAAAGGAAAAGAUAGAUGCUGCUGCUGUUGAAUCCUUGGAUCCCUAUGUCCGAAAGAUUAGGGAUGAAAAAUAUGGGUGGAAGUAUGGUUGUGGAGCCAAGGGUUGUACAAAGCUCUUUCAUGCUGCUGAGUUUGUGCAUAAGCAUCUAAAACUGAAACACCCUGAACUUGUGAUGGAGCGGACGUCCAAAGUGCGGGAAGAGCUGUAUUUCCAGAACUACAUGAAUGAUCCAGAUGCACCUGGUGGCACACCUGUUAUGCAGCAGCCUUUACAAAAAGACAAACCACAGAGACGUAAGCUAGGUCCAGAAAAUCGAUUGAAGGAUGAACGAGGUGGCCGUAGAGAUCGUGACAGUCGAACAAAUGGCAGUGAAAGAUAUGAUAGGUCUGAAAACCCACAGUCAGGUGACUUCCAGGCCAACAAUGAUGGGCCUGAGGGAGGAAAUCAUGAUGAUCCAAUGUAUGAUAACUUUGGUGGACAAGGCAUGCGUGUACCUCCUUUCCCAUCAGAUAUACCUCCUCCACCAGUAUUGAUGCCUGUACCCGGUGCAGGUCCACUAGGGCCUUUUGUUCCUGCUCCACCUGAAGUUGCAAUGCGGAUGUUCAGAGAGCAGGGCGGUCCUCCUCCAUUUGAAGGUGGUGGCAGAAAUGGAAGGCCUGCGCCCCAGUUAAGUGGACCAGCUCCCAUUCUUCUGUCUCCAGCCUUUCGACAGGAUCCUCGGCGAAUACGCAGCUAUCAAGACCUAGAUGCACCAGAGGAUGAAGUCACUGUUAUAGACUAUAGAAGUUUGUAGGUGUCACUAUUGGAAGGAUGACAAGGCUUUCAAAUCUGCUGAAUGCAUAUAUAUAUAUUAAAUUUUUUUCUUUCUUCAGGGAAGGCAAUUCCUGUCUAGUCCAAGGUCAACUUCGGUUAUUUUGAGGUAAUCCAAUUUUAGAAGAAAUCACUUUGUACUUAGAUCUUUUGGGGUUUGAACUGCUUAUUGGAUCCUGACCACCGGCUCUUAGGGCUAAUAUAACUGCCUGCUUUGUUAUCACCGCGUAUUGUUUGCUAGAGAUGCGAAGUGGUCCACAUUUUUUUUAAUCGCGCACAUUUUAUCUUUGAUGCUAAGCCUUUAAUGUAUUUAGGGGUGGGAAUAUAUACAAUGUUAGAAGAAAACUGUUUCUGUAAAAUGGACUUUUGUGGAGAACAUAUUUCAUAUGGCUGUCCAUUUGUUUCCUUUUAGACUUCUAGUGUUGAGUUAGCUUUUAUUAUUCUUUGUUAAUAAACGAAGUUGAAAUCUUUGUGGGUGAUAACCAUUUGAUGAUACAUUUAUACAAUCUUGGGUUUUGAAUGUA